AUGGGAUGGGUAGAAACAACCAACUCAAAAAUAGACGCAGAAGAUGGAGAGUACAUCUCGCAACUAUUCGGUAGAAAUGCAGACACACUGGUAGGAAUGAAGAGCAGUGACCUUGGCAGAGUUAAGUAUCCGUUUAAUGCUCUUUUUGAGUACCAAAAGGCCCUUGUGGCGGAGAAGAGCUAUAGCUCGGCUGAGGUGCUGGUAAAAAAUGCAGUAAGGAUGCUGGGAAGGGAGAAGUGGGCCAGCACGGUUGUCAAGAGAGCCGUGUAUGGGUUGCUUGAGCUGAAGAGUCAGGACAACUUAGGCAAGAUAAGUAAGCUUCUGACGGACAUGCAUAAGAAGUUAGUGGAGGAAGAAAGCCCGGCCGCUGCCUACGUCGGAAAUGCCUUGCUCCAGAUACAUCUUGACAUGGGAAGGUUCAAGUCUGCAGAGGACUUCCUCAGAGCUUCCAAGGAGCCGGAUACCAGGUGCCGAGACUACCAUGUGUUCCACUACUACAGAGGCAUUAUCAAAAUGCAUGAGGAGGACUUCAGGGAGGCAUAUCUGUCAUUGAAGAAAGUAUUCAUGUACAAGAGAUGGAGGAAGAUAGUAGCACCUGUUUAUUUCAUUUCGUCCCUGUUUGUCAACAAGUUCCCCAAAGAUGUGUAUCUAGAGAGGUUUGGCUGUAGUUACCUGUCGGGGCUGGUUUCCAUAGUACGAGGAGGGCUGUAUGAGGACAUAGACGAUGCAAUAAGCAGGACGUCAGAGAAAAUUGCAGACUACAACCUCUGCAGGACUAUGGCUGCCCACUAUCCACUUGUAUGCUUCAACAAUUUGGUGGGUAGGAUUUACAGGCUGCAUGGGUGCGACAGCAGACUCGACAUCCAGAGAAUUGUAGAGGCAUUGCCUGCUAUCGACUUCAAGGAAAUCAUCUGCCUUCUGAGCACCUCGAUUGGGCUGGGGAGACUCAAAGGAUACAUAUCGAUCAGCAGAAGAGCAGUGGUAUUCAGCAGAGCAGACCCCUUUCCGGUGCUUGUCAAGUAG